CCCAAAUUUCGAGGUACCCGAAUCAUCACCAGAAUCCAAAUUUUCAACAUUGUUCUCCAUUUCUCUUUUUCUCAUACUGUUGUUCCAUACCCAUCACUUUUGCUUCAUUGAUAAUCUUAUUCUUCACCAUCUCAACAACCCCUUUACUUGAACAAAAAAAUUGAAUCUUGUAAAUCCCCCCCAAAAUUUUUAUUUUUUUUAAAUCAAUCUUGAAAUCCAAAAAGUACCCAUAAUUCCUUGAAAUCUCUAAUAAAAUUUUUUAAUUUUUUCAAGAUCAAGAUUCACGAAAAAUCAAGAUUCUUAUCAUAUAUAUUGGUGCUGUCCAAUUUGUACCAUUUGCAUCAGGUGUUGUACUCUUUGUCCCCUGUUCAAGAAAAAGAUCCAAAAAAAUCAUUUCUUGAUUAGUACCAUUAUUAUUAUUAUUUUGAUAACUGUACUGUCUGGAUCAGCUUUCACGCACCUCAACUAAUUCUACUUUCCUGUCAUUUCUUGAUUAUUUUAUUUUGAUAACUGUAGUGUUCAGACCAGCUUUUGUGCAGCUCGACCAAUUACCACCAGCAACAGAUAUCAGUUAAUUUUGUCAAUCAUUUCUUGAAAUCAAUCUCUAGUUAAAGCUUGCAACUUUUGCUUAGUGAGUGUGAUUUAGGAUUCAAGAAAAUCAAGAUUCUUAUCAUUUCUUGAUUGUUAUUAUUAUUUCGAUAAUCGUGCUGUUCAAACCAGCUUUUGCCCACGUGGACUAAUUCCUGCAUCUCUCACCAGCAACAGAUAUCAGUUAACUUUGCCAAUCAUAUUCUUGAAGUCAAUCUCUAGUUAAAGUUUGCAACUUUUGCUUAAAUGGGUGUGAUUUAAGAUUCAAGAAAAUCAAGAUUAUUAUCAUUUCUUGAUUGUUAGUAUUAUUUUGAUAAUCGUGGUGUCCUGAUCAGCUUUUGCACACCUCGACUAAUUCUACAGGAUACUUUAGUUAACUGUGCAUCAUUUCUUGAAAUCUUGAUGGAUGUGAUUUAAGUUUUCAAGAAAAUCAAGAUUCUUAUGAUGUUGGGUGCUGUACAAUUUGGACUAUUUGCAGCAGGUGUUGUACUUUUUGUCCCAAUGGGUAUGGCAGGUUGGCAUUUGAGUCGUAACAAAAUGCUUUUUUUCAGCUGUGCACUUUUCAUUACUCUUGCUGUUGGUGUUCAUCUUAUUCCAUAUUUCCCUUCUGUUACUUCUUUCCUUUCCUCCUCAUCAUCAAGUUCAUCAUCCUCAUCGCUUGUCGUAAAUCGUAAUUCCUGCUUUCCUUUACUUCAUCAAGUAGCAUUUGAUUUUCAAGAAUUGGGUAAUAACAGUGAAAGGGGUUCUUGGAAAUGGAUUGAGUUUGAAAAUGUUGUGGAUUGUGAUUUCCAGAAGUUGACAAAGACCGAUACUUCGGAUUUGUUAAAUGGAUCAUGGGUUGUUGUGGCUGGGGAUUCACAAGCAAGAUUAAUGGUGGUGUCUCUUUUGGAGUUGUUAUUGGCGAAAAAUGAGAUGGAAGUGGUAAAGGGUGAUCUUUUUAAAAGGCAUAGUGAUUAUAACAUGUUUGUCGAUGAGAUUGGGAUGAAGUUGGAUUUUAUAUGGGCACCUUAUGUGAGUAAUUUGACUGAUUUGAUGAUGGGGUUUAAAGAAAAAAAGAGUUAUCCUGAUGUAUUUGUGAUGGGGGCAGGAUUAUGGGAUAUGUUACACGUAAAUAACGCGUCGGAUUAUGGUGUUUCGUUAAAGUCUUUGAAGGAUUCAGUAGUGUCAUUGUUACCGGUUUCAUCAACGUUUGGUAAUGAAGAUCGUUCUGAGACAAAUGUGGUUCCUAUUCGGUCGCCUAACCUGUUUUGGUUAGGGAUGCCUAAGUUGAUAAGCUCAAUGUUGAAUACGGAUGAGAAGAAGGAGAAGAUGAGUGAUGUAAUGUGUGAAGCUUAUAACGAUGAGCUUUAUAGAAGUAAGCUGCUUCAGCAAUCUGGUGGGCCAUUGUUUUUGCUGGAUAUCCACUCGUUGAGUAACAACUGCGGAGCUCAUUGCACGGACGAUGGAAUGCAUUAUCAUGGGGCUGUCUAUGAAGCUGCUGUACAUAUCAUGUUAAAUGGGUUGCUGAUAGAAUCUAACCAGAAGCUAUGACGGAGAAAUUAUGGUUUUCUGUCAACUGAGUAACGCUACGACACCCUUCCGCAAUGGGAAAGGACAAUAGAGUUACAUGAGUAGUUGCUAGAGCUCAUACUUCAAUAACGUCGGUGAAUACUUUUUUCCAGGUCUUUCUUUGGCAACUGAUAUUUCAAUAGAAAGAAUUCUUUGUUGGUAGUUUAUAUUCUUUUUCCCUUGUUCAAUUGUAUGAUUACUGAUAAUUACACGAUUUGUAUUCUAGAGUAGGAGAAACUCCGCAUAUCUCAUAUCCGAUUUUGAUGUGAUCAUGUGGACAUAUGUAGAACAAUCAAUGUUUCUGAAAUAUGUACAAUAUUUUGAAUUUCCAAUUAAAUGAUUGCACCUUUAUAUGAUC